AAAAAUGAAUUGUUAAAGAGAGGAAAAAUUGAUUGCAAAAGAAAGAAAUUAUUGAAGAAGAAAGUUAAUUCUUACCGAGAAGGAAAUCUGUUAAUAUAUAAGAAGAAAGGAAUCUGUUAUUACCGUUAUUAUCAUUAGUAAUAGUAUUUUUUUGAAAAUAAAUUGUUUAUUGAAGAUAUUUCUUUCUGUAAAUUGUAAACAUCGAGAUAUAAGGUUAAGCAUUGAAUUUCUCGUAUGGAAUACUUGGGUGUAUACCGCAAUUCCCAAUGAUGCGGAACCCACUUUAAACCGCCAGUGUCUAGGUGCCAACGACCUUGCAGGAUAAAAGAACUCCUAGGAUCUCCGUUAAGUUUCAUAAUCUAGAUAUCAGAAGAUUUACAUUGUAGCCGAGAAAAAGACUUGAUAAUUAGAAAAAGAAAAGUCGGGAUGUUAGACCAGUUUUGUGGUGACAAAUUUAUUCGUGAGGAAUUUUAAUCGACUCUCAAGAGCAGUUCUCGCAAGCGUUACUUCGCAAUUAUUGUUGCACAUAUAUUAAUUCGUAAAGUACAGUUUGAGGAUAGUAUUAGUGAAAAUUUGCACGCGUACACCGACUGUGCGAUAUGAACGACGACGUUGCUGGACGCAACAGAUGAUAAUACAAGAACAGGUUUUUUUCACAAACUGAAAAAUGUUCGCCAGAUUUUGCAGACAAGUUCCGGAUGGAGAUCUGAAGAGACGACAUUCUUGGAGCAGCGAGAUAGACUAUCAAUCAGAAGAAGCUGUAACUACCUCGGGAGAAAAUUCCAUUGCCCCAGUUCCCUCGACCGACAGAAGUGACAGAAUUUCUUAUAAGGAGUAUGGCCGUUCGAUGCAGACGGUGGACCUGGUGGCGGACUGCCCGUUGCAGAUCGUGACGGGUAGUUCGAAAUCUCCGUCACUCUCGAGAACACCGACGCCUUCAUCGACGUCCUCGGUGUUCGUCGUGUCGACGACGAGCAUGGGGCAACGACCGAGCGCUCUAUUGCGCCCCAAGAUUUCAUUAACUUGGGUCCUACGUGGUCAACAACAAUCUGAAUCCAAUAACUAUCCGAUCAUUAACGGCAAUGGAGGUGCAAACAAUGAUCGAGAUGCUUUUUCACGGGGUAGUAAGAGAUCUUCGAGAAGAAGCGUUAAAAGUGUCAAGGAAAAAGAUGCUACUGGUAAAGAAAAUAUUGAAAAUAAGGAAAGCAUCGAGAAGCGCGAGAAGAAGAUUUUACACAGGCUACAGAAGAUGGAAAGGAUGGAGAAAACUAUCGGCAAAGAGACAAUCGGUGAAAAGCGAUUGGACAGUUCGCUGGAAAAACACUUUGAUAAAGAAUUUAUCGAUCUGAAAGAUACGAAGGAGAAAGAGAAAGUAAAAAGAGCCAUAUCCGAACCUUCUUUAGUAUCUCGUGAAUUAAUGUCGACGCCCAACGGACGAGAGAAACACCGGCAUAGACGGACUAAACGCUCGCAUAAACCUAGAUUACCCAGUAAAUUCGGCUAUGAGAUCGCCGAUCUUGACGCGUUUUUAACCAAGGCAUCUAUAGAGAGACCAGCAAAUAUCCCAGUCGUUUUAUCUUUCCCAUCAGUGUUGUAUCAAACUCAGGGAGGUAUACAGGAUGAAAUGGCUCUUCCUCUAGGUACAGUUGUAAACGCCGUCUUCAAAAACCAAACCUGGCUAUAUGUGCAAACGCCUCACGGCCAGGAAGGUUACGUUGGCUACGCUGCCUGUUUGCCUUUGGGAAUUUUACCACAAUCUACACGAGGACCAUGCUGGGAAGAUUCCACAGAUGUGUUUCCUCGGCCAUUAGGAAACAUGACAGAUACGGAAAAACUGCGUGAUACCAGAUCCGAAUGUGGAGCAAGUCGUGGACGCAGUAGUAGGAUGAGACGAGGAUCGAGAGACGCAGUAUCUGCAUGCGGCGAACGCAGUGUUGAUCGGUUGUAUCUAAGAGCGGCGGCAAACGCGCGUAUCAAAGGUUCGCGACACACGCUUUUGGUGAUCAGAAGUGAUUACGAGGCGCGUGCUGCAAACGCUCUGACAGUCUCCAAAGGUGACGUGGUUGCUCUGUUAAGCGACCAUACGAACGAUUGGUUCUGGGUUCGCUCGAGGGAUGGCAAAGAGGGAUUUAUUCCCGCAGUCAUCGCCGGUCACGGUUUUCUUUGA